AUGCCCGGUGGAGACGAUAAGAAAAAUGUAUCUGCUUCCCCCUUGAGCAAAACCAAGUCCACGCUCUCGCCGCUGGCAACUAAAAGCUCCAAGAGCCCACCAAGCAUCGUGGUGAAGCCGGCUACGCCAAAAACUCCAAGUUCAUUAAGUCCAAACGCCAAACCCGCUACUUCCAGUUCAAGGGUGACUCGAUCCAUACAAAAAAUGGCUUCAACUGCUUACGAGUUAGCUUUAAAUAAGUUCAUUGCGGUCUCAGAUCGUCUAAGCGAUCUCGAAAGCAGAAACAACACUCCUGGGAACGAAACUCCAAGCGUUUCCAUGCUCCAAAUCCGUCGGGAGCAAGUCCGAGUGUUAUGGGACAAGGUGGAGAAAGAGUUCGACGUAUGCUCAGAGUGCAUUACGGCAGCAGGCGAGGAUGCAGCUUCCACAUUGCCCAUUCUCAAGUCAAAGUAUAACUACUGUUAUACAGUGUAUGAGAGAUACGCCGCUCAGCUCACAGAUAUAAUCCAACAGGGCACAGCUCCGCCAGCUCAAGCUCAAGCCCCUGCCCAGAACUAUAUCUCCUCUGGCUGUCGGCUGCCUCCGUGCGACACAGAGGUUUUCUCAGGCGAUUACCUACGCUGGCCCACUUUCCGGGUCCUUUUUACAGCGAUAUAUAUAAAUAAUCCAAGGCUCACGCCUGUGGAAAAGCUGUUCCACUUAAACGCUAAAACGAGCGGUGACGCGCAUGCCAUAAUCGCAAAUUCCCCUCUCACCAACGAUGGCUUUCGCUCAGCUUGGGAUAACCUAACUGAGCGAUUCGACAACAAGCGAUUGCUAGUAAAUAGCCAGUUUAAAAUCCUCUUCAACCUCCAGUCGAUUUCGCAAGAAUCUGGGGCAGCUCUAAAGGAACUGCAAACUACGAUUCAAGGCUGUCUGAACGCCUUGGAACUGUCCGGAAUCCUGAUUACAGAUUGGGACUGCAUUCUUGUCUAUAUGUGUUCGUCAAAGCUCCCCAAGCUUACACUUUCCUUAUGGGAGCAGUCCUUGCACGAUAAAGCCGCAAUUCCAAAAUGGGUUGACCUGAACACCUUUCUCACUGAGCGCCAUCGAACCCUCGAGGCCAUAGAUGACGUGCGACCUUCUGGGUCAAGUCAUUCGCAGUCCAAAGCAACGAACGCUAACGGGUCUUUAAGCAGAAUAAAUUCUUAUGAGACUAAGGUAGUUCCGAAACCGAGACGUUGCGAUCUGUGCUCAAGGGAAAGCCACCCUAUACGCACUUGUCCACGUUUCCUCCAAAUGACAGUAGACGAGCGGGCCGCCUAUAUCCGAAACAAGCAAAUGUGCUUGAACUGCUUUGCCCGAGGGCACCAGCUUCGGGAUUGCACAAGCACCCACAGCUGCUUCACCUGCCGCAGUCGCCACCAUACGCAGCUGCACCGAAGCAACCCUUUUGCCAGCCCUCCAAGUCGGCCUGAUGUUCCCAUGUCACGACCAGCAACUUCGACAGAAGGCUCAGCCGCUUCCGAUGACCAGUCGGGAGUGCAAGUCUGUUUUGCGUCAGGUGCAAGAUUGGUUCUGCUGGGGACAGCCAUCAUAAAUAUUUGCCACCUGGGUUCGAAUUUCCAAGCUCGUGCCCUUAUCGACUCAGGAUUCGAAGCAACAUUUGUGACAGAGCGUCUGUUCAAUCUUUUCAAAUUACCCUUCCAAGUCGUCCAAGCCCAAGUCUCAGGCUUAAAUCAGACAGUGUCCGCUCAGUCCAAGAAGCUCUGUCAUUUUACAAUCAGAUCUCCAAGUAGGCCCGCUCUGCAGUUAGAGACGUCAGCCGAUGUCCUUCCUCAACUGGCAGGGAAUCUGCCUUCCUACCCAAUUCCGCAAGACUUUCUUCGAAAUCUUCCCGAUUUACCAUUGGCGGAUCCGAAGUUUUAUGAGAGCGCACAGAUAGAUGUUCUGAUAGGAGCCGACAUUCUGCCUUCGGUUCUCCUAAAUGGGGCAAAAACCAACAUCUGUGGCUCCCUCCUUGGACAAGAAACAAUUUUCGGCGUCCACAAUGGCUUAGAUAAAAUCCUCACCAAAUUCUGGGAGGUGGAGGAUCUACCAAUAAAGUUGGUAAAGGAAUCCGAUUCCGUCUGCGAAGAUAAUUUUUCCGAACGACCACGAGAGAUGCGAACGGCAGAUACGUCAAACGAGCAACGCUUAAAAAGAGACAUUCCGCUAAAGAUACGAUACGACUCAGUGAUUCAAGAAUAUCUGGAUCUGAACCAUAUGAGAGAGGUCUUUCCUACCCACGAUUUCGCCAGCUACUACCUUCCACAUCAUGCCGUACUUAAGCCUGAGAGCAUUACUACAAAGCUGCGCUUAGUAUUCAACGCAUCCAGUCCUUCUGCGAAUGGGGCCAGUUUAAAUGAUAUCCUUCAUGCUGGCCAAGUCUUACAGUCCGACCUUACCAUUCAAAUCCUAAAGUGGCGGUAUUUUCAAUACGUGUUUAGCGCCGAUAUUGAAAAGAUGUAUCGGCAGAUCUGGGUAGAUCCGAAGCACACGCCUUUCCAGCGGAUAUUGUUCCGUAAUCCUGAUGGGGACAUCCGAGAGUUCGAGUUGAAAACGGUCACCUUUGGAGUCAAUUGCGCUCCGUACCUGACCAUUCGCGUGCUUCAACAACUGGCAACUGACGUACAACACAGCCAUCCUAAAGCGAAGCUACAAAGUGCCCUCAACUCCGCUGGGUUUCCAUUGAGAAAAUUGACGUCCAAUCAUAAGGAUAUUUUGGCUCACAUUCCGAGUGACCAUCUCCUGCGCUCCGAUUUUCUGGAGAUCGAUGCCGAAAGCACGGCAAAAACGCUCGGUGUCCGUUGGAAAGCCACAUCUGAUAAAUAUUUCUUUGUUCCGCCCGAAUUAUCCGAUGAAUCGUCCCUUACAAAACGCCAGGUUCUGUCACAAAUUGCCAAAUUGUUUGACCCUGCAGGGUGGCUCGCGCCCUUCGUAAUGCGUGCGAAAAUCUUCAUGCAGGAGAUUUGGCUGCAGGACCUGGGGUGGGACGACGAACUUCCAAGUGGGUCUCCUUCCGACCAGAAUUCAGAGUCGAGCAUCACGGUUUUUGUGACGCGUCUCAAACGGCAUACGGUGCUGCGAUCUAUGUACGAGUGGAAGUGGGGCAUACGACUAUGGUGCACCUUCUCACUGCAAAGACGCGAGUUGCGCCGGGUGACCAAGAUUACCCAGUCUGCAAAGGCCGAGAAGUGGUCGCAUGUUCAAUCGGAACACAAUCCCGCAGACCUGGCCAGUAGAGGGGUAGCACUUCAGGAAUUGGUCGACAAUCCUCUUUGGUGGCAUGGUCCCGCAUAG